AUGGGUCAAAAAGUUCAUCCGAUUGGAUUCCGAAUUGGUGUAACACAAACUCACCGUUCACAAUGGUUUGCAAAACCAAAAGAUUAUGCAAAACUCGUGGAAGAAGAUCUUUUAAUCCGUGAAUUUGCUGAGAGUCGUCUCCCUGAUGCGGGCAUCUCUCGCAUUAAUAUUUCACGUCAAGUAGAUCGUAUUGAAAUUGAAUUUUUCACUGCACGUCCACGUGCACUUGUAGGAGCAAAAGGAGAAACUUUAACUCAACUCCGCGAUGAGAUUAAAGCAAAACUCCCAGACACUCGUAACGUUGCAUUAUAUGUAACAAAAACACAACAACCGGAGAUGGAAGCAAUUUGUAUUGCUGAAAAUAUCGCGGAACAACUUGAAAAGCGUACUCCCUUCCGCCGUACAAUGCGUCAAGCAAUUAUGCGUGCUCGUAAAGCAGGGGCUGAAGGAAUUAAAAUUCAAAUUUCUGGACGUUUAAAUGGAGCUGAAAUUGCUCGUCACGAAUGGGCUCGUGAAGGGCGUGUACCUUUACAUACAAUUCGUGCUGAUAUUGAUUAUGCAACAGCUCGUGCUCAAACAAUCUACGGAAUUUUAGGCAUUAAAGUAUGGGUUUGUAAGGGGGAGAAAUCAUGUUAA